AACUUGGAAGAGUAUACACCUGUAUUCUUUUGAGUGUUUAAAAAUCAAGACAAAUAUAAGGUUCUCAUGUGCUCUGAUGCCUCAAGGUCAAGCGUUAGGAAUCACAAAAAGAUGUUCAAACCCUCAUUUGCUGGGUAUGUCGAUGUUGAUCUAACAGACAAAAAGUUGUCACUAAGGAGCUUGAUUGAUCACUCUGUGGUCGCAAGUUUUGGUGCUGGUGAAAAGACAUGUAUUACAUCACGAGUUUAUCCAGCUUUAUCCAUCUAUGGUGACACACAUUUGUUUGCUUUCAAUAAUGGUACUGAGACGGUCAAAAUUGAUACUCUUGAUGCCUGGAGCAUGGAUAAAGCCGACAUGUAA